ACUUUACUGCAUUUGGUUCGUUGUAGACGUCUGCUGUUAUCUACUUGCACUCCUUUAUGCUAACAUUUGCAUUGCUAACGUUGCUUCCUUUGCUGUUUUACGACUAAGCAAACAACACAAGAUGACUGCUCAUUUUAUCUGUAUUUUUCUAAAGAUAGUUUCGGACAUUUACAUGACAUGGAUGUAUAGAAGACACCGCCCACCUCUCGGACGUUAGGGCGCACAACGGAAGUGAGCGUGUUGUCUCCAAACAGAUCAGACACGACAUGGCGUGUUUGCUAGCCAGCAGUAGCAACAUAGGCUCAACAAUGUUUUCUUUAACACGGCAAACAAAUCAACGCUCGUGGAUAUGCUGCUUGUUUCUGGUGAUUUAUUUAACGUCGCUACCAGUUUCGGCAAAGCGGGACGGCCUCAGAGAAGUGACCGACGGAACCUGGGAGGAAAUCCUGACAGGAGAAUGGAUGAUUGAAUUCUACGCACCCUGGUGUCCAGCAUGCCAACAGCUCCAGCCAGCGUGGAAGGAGUUCGCGGACUGGGGAGAGGACAUGGGGGUCAACAUAGCCAAGGUGGACGUCACCGAACAACCCGGUCUGAGUGGGCGAUUCAUCAUUACUUCACUUCCUACUAUUUACCACUGUAAGGACGGCGUCUUCAGGAAGUACCAGGGAGCUCGCACUAAAGACGACUUCCUCAGCUUUGUCGAUGAGCAGAAAUGGAGAGCAGUCGAGCCAAUUUCCUCUUGGUUCGGUCCAUCUUCAUUUCUAAUGAAUUCAAUGUCUGCUUUGUUCAAGCUCUCCAUGUUUAUCCGGCGUUGUCAUAACUACAUGACAGAGCAGCUGGGGAUUCCUGUUUGGGGGUCUUAUGUUAUCUUUGGCUUGGCCACCCUGUUUUCUGGCCUUGCAUUGGGACUGUUACUGGUGUUCAUCGCAGAUUUUGCCUUCCCCUCACGACGCUUCUCUUCUUCAGAUUACUACCAGAAAAAACAGACCAUGGAGCAGGCGAGGUUAAUCCAACGGCAAGAGGACGAACACGAGGCCGACGGCGAGGAAGACGACGACGAAGAGGAAGACGAGGACGAUCAGGAUGACGUCUGGAGGAGGAGGAGGAGAGGGUCCCCAGAGGGCCACCCAGAACCUAGGGGACAGGGUUUCUCUGAUGAAGCUCUGAGGAAGAGGGUGGUGGCCAACCGCGAGGAGGUCGACGACGACGACGAGGAGGACACCUAGAGAGUCCCACGCUUCCUACUCCUUUUUAGAGAAGAGCGUCAUGGCGUCGGCCGAGUCGGAGGAGCUUUGGUCCCGAGCUGCAGUGUUUACAGCUAACCUCCCCCUCUCCUCCUCCUCCUCCUCGUCUUCCUCCUCCUCCUCCUCCGGGCCCCCAGAAACACCUCGCUUCUAUUCUUCUCCCUCUCUCUGGUUUUUUUUAACGGGAGCGCUUGAGACUCUCUCCGUCUGAGCAGCAGGCUCCACCUGG